UCAGAGUAAAUCGGUUUUGAAUUUUUAAGAACUUAUCCUCACCGAUUGAUUAUGGGCUGGGCGUAACUCUCACGCGCACUACCAGUGCGAGUACGACUUAUUACUGGUAGACGCCCAGGAUAGACCGAAAUGAUCGCAAUUCACAAACACGACCGGUUGCUUUGAACUUGUUUGCAAAGUUACAGAACCAGUUUUUGCGGCACGAAGACAAUCUUUGUUUACCGAGGUACGAGCCAGUAUUGAGAUCAUCAAACCGUUCACGCAUAUCUAAGUAUAGGACAAGAGAACAUUAGGCCAUUGACCAAAAACAGUUGGGGUUAGGUUAGGCAGCUAGCUUAGCGGCGAGGGAUUUGGAUUAAUGGCUGGCCUUACAGAGGACCCAGAACUUGGAAUUAACGAUAUAAAGGAAGAGACAGAGAGGAAUAACAAGCGUAUAGACAAGAAGGUAGGUGUGGUUGCAGAGGAGAGUGUUCAGGGUGAGAGAGAGAUGGCCCCUCCAGCCGGCGGUUUGAUUCAUCGGUCCGGUUCAAGGCCUCAGCUCGACCUCAGCAAGGCUGCAAUUCAAGGGAAUUUUGAGGAGAGGAACCCCACAAUUCUGUUGCCUAAUCAGUCUGAUGAUAUAUCCCAUCUGGCUCUUGAUAUUGGAGGAUCACUCAUUAAGUUGGUCUACUUCUCAAGACAUGAGGACCAAUCGAUUAGGAAGAAGACUGUGAAGGAGAGAUUGGGAAUCUCCAAUGGUAAUAGGAGAAGCUACCCUAUUCUUGGUGGGAGGCUUCAUUUUGUGAAGUUUGAAACCAGCAAGAUUAACGACUGUUUAGACUUUAUUUAUUCCAAGCAGCUUCACCGUGGUGGUAUUUCUAAGCAUCCUUUUAAUCUUGAUUGGGUUCAAAGAAUGGAUGCUCGUUGGCAUUCUGAGCUCCCGGCCAAUGAAAACACUGUUAUAAAGGCCACAGGUGGGGGAGCAUACAAGUUUGCUGACCUCUUCAAGGAAAGGCUUGGGGUUAGUCUGGACAAAGAAGACGAAAUGAAUUGUCUCGUGGCUGGAGCAAAUUUUUUGCUUAAGGCUAUUCGCCAUGAAGCUUUCACUCACAUGGAGGGUCAUAAAGAGUUUGUGCAGAUUGACCACAAUGAGUUGUUUCCUUAUCUUCUCGUUAAUGUUGGAUCUGGUGUUAGCAUGAUCAAGGUUGAUGGGGACGGGAAGUUCCAGCGGGUUAGUGGGACAAAUGUUGGUGGUGGUACUUAUUGGGGCUUGGGAAGGCUGUUAACAAAGUGCAAGAGUUUUGAUGACUUGCUAGAGCUGAGUCAAAGGGGAAAUAAUAGGACCAUAGACAUGCUUGUUGGAGACAUUUACGGUGGUAUGGAUUACUCCAAGAUUGGUCUCUCUGCGUCAACUAUUGCUUCUAGUUUUGGCAAGGCUAUUUCAGAUAACAAGGAGCUUGAGGAUUACAGACCUGAAGAUAUAUCCCUUUCACUCUUACGAAUGAUUUCUUAUAAUAUUGGUCAGAUCUCUUACUUGAAUGCACUACUAUUUGGGAUAAAGAGAAUAUUUUUUGGAGGAUUUUUUAUCAGGGGGCAUGCUUACACCAUGGACACUAUCUCCUUUGCUGUUCAUUUCUGGUCAAAAGGAGAAGCGCAAGCAAUGUUCUUGCGACAUGAAGGGUUUCUGGGAGCUUUAGGUGCAUUUAUGAGCUAUGAAAAACAUGGUCUUGAUGACUUGAUGGCCCAUCAGCUAGUUGAAAGGUUCCCAAUGGGUGCACCAUACACAGGAGGAAAGAUUCACGGUCCACCACUUGGGGAUUUGAAUGAGAAGAUUUCAUGGAUGGAGAAGUUUUUGCAGAAAGGAACUGAGAUUACUGCCCCUGUACCAAUGGCUCCACCUGGAACUACUGGACUUGGAGGGUUUGAAGUUCCUUCAUCCAAAGGAGGUACUCUGCGAUCUGAUGCAAGUGCUCUAAAUGUUGGUGUUCUUCAUCUGGUCCCCAGUUUAGAGGUGUUUCCAUUAUUGGCUGACCCAAAAACGUAUGAGCCUAACACUAUUGAUCUCUCGGAUCACAGUGAGUUUGAGUAUUGGUUCACUGUUCUGUCAGAGCAUUUGCAAGACCUUGUUGAUAAGGCAGUGGCAAGUGAAGGGGGAACCGAUGAUGCUAAAAGAAGGGGCGAUGCUUUUGCCCGUGCAUUUUCUGCACAUCUGGCAAGGUUGCUGGAGGAGCCUGCAGCAUAUGGAAAGUUAGGCUUGGCCAAUCUAUUGGAGCUGAGGGAGGAGUGCUUGAGGGAGUUCCAAUUUGUUGACGCCUAUAGAAGUAUAAAACAGAGGGAAAAUGAGGCAUCGCUUGCUGUUUUACCUGACCUUUUAAUAGAGCUAGAUAGCAUGAGCGAGGAAACAAGGCUGCUAACUCUAAUUGAAGGUGUUCUUGCUGCGAACAUUUUUGACUGGGGAGCCCGUGCGUGUGUGGAUCUCUAUCAUAAAGGCACAAUCAUUGAGAUUUAUAGAAUGAGUCGCAAUAAGAUGCAAAGACCUUGGCGAGUGGAUGAUUUUGACGUAUUUAAAGAGAGAAUGUUAGGGUCUGGAGACAAGAAGCCUCCCCCACAUAGAAGGGCUUUACUCUUUGUAGACAACGCUGGCGCUGAUGUUGUUCUAGGGAUGCUUCCCCUUGCAAGGGAACUCCUUCGACGUGGAACUGAAGUUGUUUUGGUUGCAAACUCACUCCCUGCUCUAAAUGAUGUAACUGCCAUGGAGCUCCCUGAAAUUGUAGCUGAGGCUGCCAAGCAUUGUGACAUUCUUCGCAGAGCUGCUGAAGCAGGAGGCUUACUUGUGGAUGCAAUGAUCAACACCUUAGAUGGUUAUAAAGAAAAUUCAUCUUCGGUUCCAUUGAUGGUUGUUGAGAAUGGGUGCGGGAGUCCAUGCAUUGACUUAAGGCAGGUCAGCUCUGAGCUAGCUGCUGCUGCAAAAGAUGCCGAUCUGAUUAUUCUAGAAGGUAUGGGUAGAGCUCUACACACCAACUUCAAUGGUCGGUUUAAAUGUGAUGCCUUGAAGCUUGCAAUGGUGAAGAAUCAGAGGUUGGCAGAGAAAUUGAUUAAUGGAAAUAUAUACGACUGUGUUUGUAGAUAUGAACCGCUCAGAUGAAAGCUUCGCAAUUUCAGAUAGGGAAAAUUGGAGGUUAGAAACGGGAUGCAAUGUAUUGCAUCCACAUUUAUUUUACCUACACAGAAUCCUUUCCAUUUGGCUAUGAACUUUUAUGUAUCGUCCCGAAUCUGUCAGGUGCUAUCCAUUAAUUAGUUAUGUAAUGGAGAUUUCAUAAUCCCACUUUCAGGUUUGUUCUAUUUUCAA